GUCCCGCGUCGUCCUCUCAGGUGGUGAUCAUGAGGGACUACCGGCACCAGAACGUGGUGGAGAUGCACCGCAGCGCUCUGGUGGAGGAGGAGCUCUGGGUCAUCAUGGAGUACCUGCAGGGCGGCGCUCUCACACACAUCGUCAGUGAAACCAGGUUGAACGAGGAGCAGACGGCGACGGUGUGUGAGGGCGUCCUGCAGGCGCUGUCGUACCUUCACUCUCAGGGAGUCAUUCACAGAGACAUCAAGAGCGACUCAAUCCUGCUCACACUGGACGGGAGGGUAACACACACACACACACACAAAAUGAAUAUCAGCACAUCAUCAGUAUCAGCAGGAUUUGGCUUUAACCCU